GAUGUGCUUAUCCGGGGUGUGCGGGCCUACUUCUUCUCGGACAGCGACGCCGACCGGUUGAAGGCCGACUUCGGACGGAGCGACCUCUGUGAGGAAGCGGCUCUUUGUCCGGAGAUCUUGGCCUCGGCGGCGUAUCGCGCCUGGGAUUACGGUGCUCUGCAUGACGAGGCCCUGAGCCGCAGGGCCAGGGCCGCCGCGCGCCGGGUGCUGGCGAUCCAGGCGACCGCCCGAGGAGACUCUGAAUCGACGUCGCCCCGUCCGCUGACCAUCACAGUCAAC